CGAAGUCGAAAAAGUUUAUUUACAAAUCAUGUAAAAUAAUGUUAGACUUUACAAAUACUCGCCAAACUUUAAAGGACUUAGAAAACGAUUUACGAUGCAGUGUUUGUGGAAGCAUAGCAGGAAGCCCGUGUACAUUGGGUGGUUGUGAACAUAUUUACUGCAGUCUGUGCUGUGAGAAGUUGCUGGGUCAGUGCUGUGUAGUUUGUCAAAUUCCUGUUCAUGUCAAAGAUGCCCAGGUGAACAGACAACUGUUCAAUCUUGUGAACCUGUGUAAACGAUUGGGUCACAUUCUGAACAAUCCAGAGAGCUAUGAUUCAGAAAACGUCAUAGAUCCUGAAGCAGAAAACGAUAAAAGUACACCAGAUGGCACGCCAGAUGUGUAUGACUUUUUGAGUGCUGAACUCUCUACCCCAACCAAGCUGUCUCACAAGCAGGAAUCAGUUAAGAAUGGAAAACAGAAAAGAAGAUCCAGAUCAUCUAAAGUCACGGAAAAGGCGAGUCCCAGUCCAGGAAACGUGCUAUCAAAUAAUACAGCUAUGGUUAAUCAGGAAUCCACAAGAAGUAGUGGAUCGAGAGGAAAAGCUGAAAGGUCAGGAGUCAGAAAAACUAGGUCAACAGGACCAGAAGAGCAGACCACCAUGACCCAGUUCUUUGACUAUAUGGAGACUAAUGAUGACAUCCAUAUUAACAAUGGCAGCAGUGCUGCAGCAAAUUUCAGUUCCGCAGAUGAAAUGGAAGAAAAGAAUCCUGGUGAAACAUCUAAAAAGGUCAAGGUUACUGGAGAACCAAGAUGCAGAACAGGGAAAUCGAAAGGAUCUAAGAUUUUAAGAGUAAGAAAGAGUCUGCAUAAUGGCAAUGAAGAUAACGAAGAUUAUGCAGCACAGAGAAGAGAUGAAGGGAAUGUGUCAAAAGACAAUAUUUCUUCUACGGUACAAAACAGUGGGUACAGAAGUGGUCAGUGCUUUGAUGGGGAAGUCCAGUUGGAGAGAAGUAUUACUGGUCAGUCAUCUGGAGGGAAGAAGGCCAGGAGGAGGAGUGUUGGUGCAUCUGGAACUACUUCCUCUGUUGAUAGUCCAGUUCCUGAAAGUCCCGUUCCAUUUGAUAACAAAAAAUCCAGGAGAAGUGUGGGAGCUUCCUCCUCUACUGGUAACAGAAAGAAAAACAGAAGGAGCCUUCCAACUUGCCUUAAUGCUGAAGAUGUUUCUGUUGUGAUUUCCAAACCUGAAAAGGUUAAGAGGACUAACUCAGGUCAACAGAAGGAUCAGGAUCAUCUGAACUCUUCUUUCAGUGGGAAAGGAAGUGUCAUUGACAAGAAGAAUGGUAAAGGAGAAACCCCACUCCAAGUGGCUUGUAUCAAGGGAGAUUUGGAAAAAGUGCAGUCACUACUCUCAUCUGGAGCCAAUCCUAACAACAGAGAUAAUGCGGGCUGGACACCAUUGCAUGAGGCUUGUCACUAUGGCUAUGUAAAGAUAGCAGAGAUGCUGAUAGAAGCUGGAGCACUGAUUGAUGUGCCAGGCACAGAGAACGAGACUCCGUUACACGAUGCUGUCAGACAUCUAAAAGUGGACUGUAUCAAGCUCCUUGUGCGACAUGGUGCUUCAGUAAAUGCAAGAAAUAUAAAAGGCCUGACUCCUGUACAGUUGGCUGGGAGUAAUGCAGAGUUAAUAUCUGCCCUGAAAACAAAGGCUCAGAACAGAACAACACAUACAGCUGUCCAGGUUGACCCUCUAUCUUUCCAAAGUCCAUGCUUCCUCAGCACGGGUCUGACUAGAGACCAGAAAAUCACCCUACAGAAGUGUGCCACCAAACUCCAGGCAAAGGUCAUGGAGGACUUCUCCCAGGAAGUGACCCACAUUGUGACUUCUUGUAACAAGAGCGGACUCUGUCCUCGGACCAUGAAGUACCUACAGGGAGUACUAACUGGACGCUGGAUUGUAAACAUGGACUGGAUAGAGAUGUGUCUGGAGUAUGGGAUGAAGGUAUGUGAGGAGGCAUUCGAGAUCCCGGGAACCAGUUCAGAUCCGGAAUCCCACUCAGCACAGAAAGGCAGAGUCAAUCGUCAACAACAGUUACCAGGUUUAUUCGAUGGCUGCCAGUUUUACUUCUCGGGGGACUUCGAAUACCCAACCCCUGACAAAGAGGAGCUCAUGGAUCUGGUAAAACUAGGAGGAGGUCACGUGAUUCACAGAGAGCCCAAACCAGGUCACAUUCCCGAAGCCGAUCUGACAACGCCCUACCAUGCUCCUCUUGGCAUGGAAACCUGCUGUGUAUUUAUUGUCUAUGACAACAAAGGUCAAUUCCAGCCAAUCAGAACUCCUGUUAUAGCUAGUGUUAGGGCAUCCUGGAUAAUGGAUUGUAUUAGUAAAUUCCAGUUAGUAAAGCCUACAAUGUAACAAUUACUACAAGGCAUGGUUAAU